UGAAUAUUUUAGUUAGUUUAUGAUGCUGAAUACGCAUAAUUUGCUAUUCUUUUUACGUUUAAAAGUGACUUCGCAGUGCUCUGAUCUGAUAAGUGCAGAGGAAAUGUUCGAAGAUAUCAAAACUGCGUUUCUUGAUUUGCUGGAUAAAGUUGAUUGGAUGGACUUUGAAACGAGAUCAGCUGCUCGACAGAAGGCGAUGCUAAUGAGUCAGAAGAUUGGAUUUCCAGAAUACAUUUUAGAUCCUGCAGAAUUAGAUAAAGAUUAUGAAGGAAUAGAAUUCAAACCAGACGCUUAUUUCGACAAUGUGCUGAAAAAUCUCAAGCACUAUUCUACACGUGAGCAACUGAAACUACGAACACCGGUUGAUAGAACGCAAUGGGUUACUUCUCCAGCUGUAGUCAAUGCCUUCUACACAAGAUCUAAAAAUUUCAUAACAUUCCCUGCUGGUAUUUUGCAGCCGCCUUUAUAUCAUCAAAAUUAUAUAAGAUCACUUAACUAUGGUGGCAUUGGUGUAGUUAUUGGACACGAGAUAACACACGGAUUUGACGAUAAAGGUAGACAGUUUGACCAUUUUGGAAACCUGAAACAAUGGUGGAAUAGUGAAGCACUGGAACGUUUUCAAUCUAAAGCUGAUUGCAUGAUAAACCAAUAUGGUGAUUAUAUUAUGACAGAUAUUGAUAUGAGGGUAAAUGGUAUAAAUACCCAAGGUGAAAAUAUUGCUGAUAACGGAGGUGUGAAGCAGGCUUUCAAGGCUUAUCGUAGCUGGAUAGCUCGUAAUGGCGACGAACCUUUGCUUCCUGGUCUAAACUUGACACAUGAGCAGUUAUUUUUCUUGAACUACGCUCAGAUCUGGUGUGGCACCAUGAGGCCAGAAGCAGCUGUUAACAUAAUUCGUACAGGAGCACAUAGUCCAGGAAGAUUUAGGGUCAUUGGAGCGCUGUCAAACUCUCAGGAUUUCAUCGAAGCAUAUAACUGCCCUUUGGGAAGCCCAAUGAACCCUGAGCAUAAAUGCGAAGUAUGGUAAAGGUUAUUUCAAGGACUGAAUGUCUUUUCAUUAAAUGACCAGUUGAGCAAUUUGGAAAACAUAACGGGUACCUGCAUAGUUCGCGGACCAUAUAAGAGGCUGUUUUGUGAAGGCAUGCCUAAAAAGAACUCUCAUCUUUUCGUAUGUGUAAAUACACUUUUUAUGGGAUGAAAAAUCCUUGCUUUAAAAAAAUCACAAAUACAUGUUACUUUGUUUAUCUGUUUCCAGUGGCUGUGUUCCUGCUUACAGAUCAGUUAAGUGCAAUAAACUGUCAUGUUGCCAUUCGAACGUAAACACAUUCUUGUAUUUUGCAUUUUUAUGUCAGAUAACUCUAGAUGAUUUUACUUCAUUAACUUCGUUCUUCAAGAAAUUUCUUUUAUGCUAUGAAAUCUGGUAACUUUCAUUCAAAAUUUACAAGCAAUUUUAAUUUUAAUUUACCAUAAUAAAGGUAAACACACAUACAGACACACGCACAAAAAAUAAUAAAUAAUAUUUCCAAAAAUACUUUAUAUGUCAUAGAAUACUUUAUUUACAGAAUUAAUUAUGAAUAGUUUGUUGUAGUUAUCGUACUUUGAAUAUCCUGAAAAGAAAUAACACACAUAUUAUGUAUAUAAUAAAGUCCUAAACAUGCAUAUAUAAAGUCCUAAAUAAAUUCUUAAAAGUUUGGAAAUAAUAAUAAGUGUUAUAAGUAAGUAACAAGCGUUAUAUAUAAUAAGCGUUAUAUAUACAAACGCUAAUUUUUUCCCUCCUUCAUUUUAACAAAAUACAAAAACCUAAUCUGCAGUUUACUUACUUGUUUGAUUUCAGUAAUCCUCUAUGAAUCAUUUUUGAAAUAAUUAUUUUAAAUUUAUAGUAAAUAUUAAUAUUAUUUUUUAAUAUUUUUAAAAAUUUAUAUUGAAUAUUUAUAUUGACAUUUUGAAACAAUAUUUUAAAAUCUGUAUUAAAUAUAAAUUCUUUGUGAAAUUUUUUCUUGUAUAGUUUGUAGUUAUAAUCUAUUUAGGAAAUUAAAGAAUAAGAAUUGUUUCAAUUAUUUAUUCUGUAAUAUAAUUGCAUUUUUACCCGCUAAAGGUUGUAAUUAAAUAAUUGCUUUCGUUUCUCUCAAAACUUAAAAACUGCAUUAAAAUCUGUGAAAGUUUCAUUUUCGUAUGCUUAAAUUGUAAAUAAAAAACUUUAUGCUGCAUUAUUUAAGAAGGCCCUUUCUUAAUUUAACAACAAAUACAAAGAGAAAUUUGAAAAGACAUAAUCAACUUCAGAUUAACUGGGAGUUGAUUAAGAACAAAGUUAAAUUUGCUUAUUUGAGGGAAAUGAAAAAAAUGCUAUCACGAACGAUCAGCGUAAAAUAAAAUAGUUUAGGGAAAAUGCAAAAAGAGGAAUUAUAAUGAAGCGAAAAACAUCCCAAAUCAAAUAAAAGUUAUAGUCAAAGCUAAAAGAUCAAUAAAUUUUUGCAAGAGUUUGAAACCAAUGACAUUGAUAAAGCUCUCUUGUAAAUAUUGUUCUUUAAUGCUAUUCAUAACUUCUUUUCUAAAUUAUGUUUAUUCUUUUGUUAUUUAUUUUGUUACUUUUUUACUGUUUUGAAUACUAAUUUACUCGUAAUUUAAGUAAUUUGAACGCAAUGAUAUUGUUGAACCUCUCUUGUAAACACUGUUUUCAAUGCCAUUUUUAUAAUUCAAUUUCUUCGCCUCGAAUCUAAUUUAACAAAUUCCAACGCAGUGACAUUUCUGAAGCUCCUUUAUUCUUUAAUGACAUUUAUAACUUUAAUUUCUUUAUUUCUAAUGGGGGGUUAUUCUUCUAUUAUUGUACGUUCUUUCGAUUUUCAAAUAAUAAUUUAGUUUGAAUGCAGUGGCGUUGUUAAAGCUGUCUUGUAAGUUAUGUUGUUUAAUGCCAUUUGUAACCUUAUUUUUCCACUUCUAAUGGCAUUAAUUCUUUCGUUAUUUACAGUACGUUCUUCUUUCAAAUACUAAUUUAAGUAAUUUUAAAGCAAUGACAUUGUUAAAACGCUCUUGUAAAUACUGCUCUUUAAUGCCAUUCAUAACUUAAUUUCUUUAUUUCAAAUGGAUAUUGAUAAUCUUCCGUUAUUUACAAUACGUUCUUUUUUUUCGAAUACUAUUAAUUAAAUUUAAGUAAUUUUAAAGUAAUGACAUUGUUGAAGCUCUCUCAUAAACUAUAAUCUUGUUCUUUAAUAUUAUUUUUAAUUUCUUCGUUUGUUACGAAAAGUGUUUAUUCUUCUGUUAUUUACAUUCUUUUUGUUUCGAAUACUAAUUAAAUGUAAGCAAUUUGAAAGCAAUGCCAUUGUUGAAGCUCUCUUGUAAAUACUGUUCUUUAAUGCCAUGUCUAACAAUUUCUUCAUUUGAAAUGGUGUUUAUUCUUCCAUUAUUUACCAUACGUUCUAUUUGUUCCAAAACUAAUUAAAUUUAAGUGAUUUGAACCCAAUAGCAUUGUUGAAGCUCUCUUAUAAAUGCUGUUCUUUAAUACCAUUUACAACUUAAUUUCUUCGUGUCUAAUAGCGUUUAUUCUUUCCUUCUUUCCCUUUCGAAUACUAAUUUAAGUAAUUUAAACGCAUGGGCUUUGUUGAAAAUUCCGCGUAAAUGCUGUUCAUUAAUGCCACUUCUAACAGUGCUUAUUCUUCUGUUAUUUUUAGUACGUUUAUUCUGUUUCGAAUAAUAAUUUAAUUUUAAGUAAUUUGAACGCUAUGGCAUUGUUGAGGCUCUCUCUUAAAUACUAAUCUUUAAUGUCAUUUAAAACUUAGUUUUCUUUUUUUCAUUUCUGUGGUGUUUAUUCUUUCUAUAUUUUCAGUGUGUUCUUUCUUUUUCAGAUACCAACAUAAUUUAUAAAAUCAAAUGAAUUUAGUCUCCAGAUCAAACUGUUUGAAAACACAGGCAAUUGUUAAUAGAAUAUUUUUGUUAAUUAUAGUAUAGGUUGCCCUUUCGCGCGUGCUUUUUAACUUUUUUUCGCAUUAACUGGGAUUUUGAGUUGAAUUUAUUACGAAUUAAGCCAGCUAAUCGGGAGUUGAUUAUGUCACUAUUAAUUUAAUUUUUAGGAUUCUCAAUUUAUAAAUAUUAAUACGGAAAAAUGUUUCGAAUUAAAAAAACUAUGUAUUGAAUUAUAAAAUUACAUAUAUAAUAUUUUAACAUUUAAACUAUUAAAAAAGAAAUGAUUUUUUUUUAAAUGUAUUUGUUUGAUAUUACUUUAACCGUUUCACAGUUUAGGUAGAACUUUAAUUCGUAUACCUGUCUAUUCAUAACAAGUGCAUCUUUUAAUAUUUUCAUUACCAUUCUUUGAAACAACAAUUUACAUGAAUCAGUUGUAGAAAGCAAUGCAGAUGUCCCUUAUUUCCAUUAAACCUUUAGAAAUACCACUAAUUUAUAUGCAGUUCAACAUUUAGCAUUGAAAUUAUUGAAAUCUGUGGUGUGGAAGAUUUUUAUGGUUUUCAUAUUCAAAACAAUGUGCAGUACAUUACUAAACAUGAGUUAUUUUCCUGAUAAAUUAAAACUUUAGAUGGAAAUUAAUUAAAAUAUUAUUUAAUUUAUAACAGAUAUUAGAUAUAUUAAGCACUAAAAAAACACUAAUAUUUUGAAAUAGUAAAUUUUAGUUUGGAGUUUGAUCUUUUUUAUUAUGAAACAAUAGAACAGUAUAUUUUUUUAACUCAAUGAGAAACAAAAAUCUCGAAAUAUUUUACAAACUUAGCUAUGAAAAAUACAAAAUAUUAUCAGUGCAUUUUAUUGAACUUCAACCAUAAAAUUCAUGCAGUGUGAUGUAUCAUUAUAGAUUGCAGGAAAUAUAUUGCCAAUUAAAUCAAAUUUAAUAAAGAUAAAUUAUAUUAAAUUUUAAAAUUAAAUGCUGCUUAUCGUGAAUGACUGCAAACAUGGAUGCAAGUAUCAUAAAACAAACAUUCAAAGACAAAAAAAAUAUUCUUUUCUUUAAAAAAAAAUAAUUUGGACUUUCUUGUAAUUUUAAAAUGAAAGGUAGAUGAAUUAGAUCCAAAACUGAAGUAUGAGAAUAUGUUUUCCAUAUUUAGCUGCUGUAUAUUAUUUCCUGUUUUGCAACAAAUAGUAUUGAAUCUUUCACCUUCAAUAUUUUACUGUGUAUAUUUACAGAAAACCAGAUCGUAAUGUUCAAUGCACUACUAUUUUUUCAUGUGAAAUAUUUGUAUAUAAACGUUACAAAAUAAUUAAACUUUUUUCAUCUACAUUACAUAUAUAUUGUUAUUUUAAUAAUGUAUAGAAUAACUGUUUCUGAACAAUAUAUUGCAUUUUACUCUGAAAAAAGGAAGAAAUAAGUAUGAAAUAUGUCCAACAUAGUUUAUAUAGAAAAUGUUAAAUGUUUAUGAAGGAAGGAUUUCGGAAAUUAUUGUAAGUAUGUCAUGAAAAUAUUUUACUGUGCAUUUCAUGUUUUGUUUAGAAAGCUUUGUAUAUAGCCAUGACGUUGUAUGAUUAUGCAUAAAUACAUCAGAUUUGUGGAAAUACCUUGCAAAUUUAUGAUGGCUUAUUUUUAUUGAUUACUUUGUUCCAUUGUGUUAAUUGCAACAUAGUCUAUGUGAGUGUUCAAAUAAAUGUAUGAUAUAUUUAGUAAAA